AUGCAGACGCCGGUCCUUCAGCCUUGGCCGCGUCGAGCUCCUCCGGGCGCGAGCCGCCGGGUCCGUGCGCCCUACGCCCGGGGCGGCUUCCCCAGUGCGCGCCUCUCGCAGCCAGCUGCAACUCCGCAACCCAGCCGCUGCCGCUGCGGCCACCGCCCGAGGGGAUCUACGGACAGGACGCCGGCAGGAGGAGGGGUGCGCAGCGUCCGCGCAGUGUCCCCUCCCGUGCACAGCGAGACCCAGGCCUCCGGGCCCCGGGAGUCCCUGGCCGCCUCACCAGGUGCACUCAAGUUUUUGGAGGAGGGAGUCCAACUCUUCAAGGAGAGCCCAGGCAGUUCUCUUGGAGUAUUAACAGGUCUGUCAUCCACCCUGUCUUCUCCAACAGACCAUGACAAUGCGCUGAGCGUGAGCAUCCCCCAGCCAUCCCCGCUGAAGGUCCUCCUGGGGACCUCCCUCACCAUCCCCUGCUACUUCAUCGACCCCAUGCACCCUGUGACCACCGCCCCCUCCACUGCCCCCCUCUCCCCGAGGAUCAAGUGGAGCCGCAUUUCCAAGGAGAAGGAAGUGGUCCUACUGGUGGCCACUGAGGGGCAUGUGCGGGUCAACAGUGCCUACCAGGACAGGGUCUCGCUGCCCAGCUACCCAGCCAUCCCCAGCGAUGCCACCUUGGAAAUUCAGAACCUGCGCUCCAAUGACUCUGGAGUCUAUCGCUGCGAGGUGAUGCAUGGCCUGGAGGACAGCGAGGCCACCCUGGAGGUCAUGGUGAAAGGCAUUGUGUUCCACUACAGAGCCAUCUCCACGCGCUACACCCUUGACUUUGACAGGGCCCAGCGGGCCUGCCUUCAGAACAGCGCCAUCAUUGCCACUCCUGAGCAGCUACAGGCCGCCUACGAGGACGGCUUCCACCAGUGCGACGCAGGCUGGCUGGCUGACCAGACUGUGCGGUACCCCAUCCACACUCCCCGGGAAGGUUGCUAUGGAGAUAAGGACGAGUUUCCAGGGGUGAGAACCUACGGCAUCCGGGACACCAACGAGACCUAUGACGUGUACUGCUUCGCCGAGGAGAUGGAGGGUGAGGUCUUCUAUGCGACGUCCCCGGAGAAGUUCACCUUCCAGGAGGCCGCCAGCGAGUGCCGACGGCUGGGCGCGCGUCUGGCCACCACCGGCCAGCUCUACCUGGCCUGGCAGCGUGGCAUGGACAUGUGCAGCGCCGGCUGGCUGGCCGACCGAAGCGUGCGCUACCCCAUCUCCAAAGCCCGGCCCAACUGCGGGGGCAACCUCCUGGGCGUGAGGACCGUCUACCUGCAUGCCAACCAGACCGGGUACCCCGACCCCUCAUCCCGCUACGACGCCAUCUGCUACACAGGUGAAGACUUUGUGGACAUCCCAGAAAAUUUCUUCAGUGUGGGUGGUGAGGAGGACAUCACCAUCCAGACUGUGACCUGGCCCGAUAUGGAGCUGCCUCUGCCCCGAAACAUCACAGAGGGGGAAGCUCGUGGCAAUGUGAUCCUCACAGUGAAGCCCAUCUUCGGGGUCUCCCCCACUGACCUGGAGCCUGGGGAGUCCUUCACAUUUGCCCCUGACAUGGCGGUCACAGCCUUCCCUGAGGCCGAGAAUGAGACUGAAGCAAUCACCAGGCCCUGGGGCUUUCCAGAACAAUUGCGCCCUACGGCCUACACCAGUGAGGACCUGGUUGUGCCAGUGACCAUUGCCCCAGGGGCAGCUGAGGUCCCUGGGCGGCCCCAUCUGCCAGGUGGGGUCGUGUUUCACUACCGGCCUGGCUCCACCCGCUACUCGCUGACCUUCGAGCAGGCGCAACAGGCCUGCCUUAGCGCAGGCGCCGUCAUGGCCUCCCCAGAGCAGCUGCAGGCUGCGUACGAGGCAGGCUACGAGCAGUGCGACGCUGGCUGGCUGCAGGACCAGACCGUCAGGUACCCCAUUGUGAGCCCACGGACACCGUGUGUGGGUGACAAGGACAGCAGCCCAGGGGUGAGGACCUAUGGUGUGCGUCCAUCCUCAGAAACCUAUGAUGUCUACUGCUAUGUGGACAAGCUCCAGGGGGAGGUGUUUUUUGCCACACGCCUGGAGCAGUUCACCUUCCACGAGGCACUGGCAUUCUGUGAAUCCCAAAAUGCCUCGCUGGCCUCCACUGGCCAGCUCUAUGCAGCCUGGGUGCGUGGACUGGACAAGUGCUACGCUGGCUGGCUGGCAGAUGGCAGUCUCCGCUACCCCAUUGUCACCCCGAGGCCAGCCUGUGGCGGGGACAAGCCAGGCGUGAGGACUGUCUACCUCUAUCCCAACCAGACCGGCCUCCCGGACCCACUAUCCCGCCACCACGCCUUCUGCUUCCGAGGUGUUCCCGUGGCGCCCUCUCCAGGAGAAGAGGAGGGUGGCACAGCCACACCCCUUGCAGGCCUGGAGGACUGGAUCGUCACCCAUGCAGUGCCUGGCGUAGCUGUUAUUCCCUUGGGGGAGGAGACAACUGCAGUCCCAGAGUUCACUACUGAGCCAGAAAGCCAGACAGAAUGGAAACCGGCCUAUACUGCAAUGGGCACCUCCCCUCUGCCAGGGGUCCCAUCCACAUGGCCUCCCACCAGCACAGCAGCAGAGGAAAGCACAGAGGGCCCUGGGACAACUGCAGUGCCCUCCGCCUGGGAAGCGCCUUCCACCUCAGAGGAGCCAUAUACACCUUCUUCAGCAGUGCCCAGUACCACCGAGCUGCCAGUCUCCUGGGAGGUAUCUGAGGCCCCUGAUGUCAGUGGUGACUUCACAGGCAGUGGAGAAGCUCCAGGCACCACUGCAAGUGGACUGCCCUCUGGAGAUCUUGACUCCAGUGGUCUCACCUCAACAGUGGACUCAGGCCUGCCCUCAGGACAUGGAGACAGAAUUGAGUGGUUCGGCACUCCUACAGUAGCUGGGCUGCCCUCUGGAGCUGAGGACCUAGAAGGCUCUGUUUCUGGGGCAUGGGACCUCAGCAGGCUUCCUUCUGGAAAGGAAGCUCCAGAGACUUCUGCCUCUGGAGAAGGGGAAAUGAGUGGACUUGCUUCAGGAGGAGUUGUAGAGACUUCUGCCUCUGGAAUAGGGGAAGUCAGUGGGCUUCUUUCAGGAGGAGAAGCCCUAGAAUCUUCUGCUUCUGGAGGAGGGGAAGUCAGUGGGCUUCCUUCUGGAGGAGAAGGUGUAGAGACUUCUACCUCUGAAACAGGGGAAGUCAGUGGCCUUCCUUCUAGAGGAGAAGGUGUAGAGACUUCUGCCUCUGGAAUAGGGGAAGUCAGUGGCCUUCCUUCUGGAGGAGAAGAUCUAGAGACUUCUGCCUCUGGAGUAGGGGAAGUCAGUGAGUUUCCUUCUGGAGAAGGUUUAGAGACUUCUGCCUCUGGAGAAGGGGAAAUGAGUGAACUUCCUUCAGGAGGAGAAGGUGUAGAAACUUCUGCCUCUGGAGUAGGGGAAGUCAGUGGCCUUCCUUCUAGAGGAGAAAGUCUAGAAGCUUCUACCUCUGGAGAAGGGGAAGUCAGUGGAAUUCCUUCUGGAGAAGAAGGUCUAGAGAUUUCUGCCUCUGGAACAGAGGAAGUCAGUGGACUUUCUCCUAGAGGAGGUCUAGAGACUUCUGCCUCUGGAGAAGGGGAGGUCAGUGGGCUUCCUUCUAAAGGAGAAGGCCUAGAAACUUCUGCCUCUGGAGAAGCCAGUGGACUUCCUUCUGGAGGAGGUCUAGAAACUUCUACCUCUGAAGUAGGUGACCUCAGUGGACUUUCUUCAGGAGAAGAUCUACAGACUUCAGCCUCUGGAGUAGAGGAUAUAAGUGUGCUUCCUACUGGAAGAGAAGGUCUAGAGACCUCUGCCUCUGGAGCAGACACUGUCAGUGGGCUUCCUUCUGAAGGAGAGGAUCUAGAGACUUCUGCCUCUGGAAUAGAGGAUUUAAGUAGGCUUCCUUCCGGAGAAAGUCUAGAAACCUCUGUUUCUGGAGGAGGGGAUGACCUCAGUGGGCUUUCUUCUGGAAGAGAGAAUUUAGAGACUUCAGCCUUUGAAGCAGAGGACCUCAGGGGCAUGCCUUCUGGAAGAGAGGACUUGGUAGGAUCUGCUUCUGGAGAGUUGGCCUUUGGCCAACUGCCUUCUGAAACCGUAGGGAGUGGACAAGCUCCAGACACAAGUGGUCUUCCCUCUGGAUUUAGUGGUGAGUAUUCUGGAGUGGACUUUGGAAGUACGCCAUCCUCUGGCCUUCCUGACUUCAGUGGGCUUCCAUCUGGGCUCCCAACCAUCUCCCUAGUGGACACUACAUUGGUGGAAGUAGUCACAGCCACCAGUGCAAGUGAACUGGAAGGGAGAGGAACCAUUGACAUCAGUGGCACAGGAGAAGUAUCUGGGUUGCCUUUUGGCGAGCUGGAUAUUAGUGAGGGGACAAGUGGGCUCCCUUCAGGAACUGAAGUCAGUGGCCAAGCAUCUGGAUCUCUUGAGAUCAGUGGGAAAACAUCUGGAUUCUUUGAUGUUAGUGGACAGCCAUCUGGGUUUCCUGAUAUCAGUGAGGGAACAUCUGGGAUUUCUGAGGCCAGUGGGCAGCCUUCAGGGUUUCCUUACUCCAGUGGGGAGGCAUCUGGAGUGACUGAGCUCAGUGAACUACCCUCUGGGCAACCAGACAUCAGUGGAGAAGCAUCUGGAGUUCUUCUCAGCAGUGGCCAACGAUUUGGCAUAACAGACCUGAGUGGAGAAACAUCCACAGGACCUGAUCUCAGUGGACAGCCAUCAGGGUUGCCAGAGGUCAGCGGGACAACACCUAGAAUCCUUGACCUGGUUUCUGGUACCAUAAGUGGCAGUGGGGAAUCUUCUGGCAUUACAUUUGUGGACACCAGUUUGAUGGAAGUGACCCCUACUGCAUUUAAAGAAGAAGAGGGUCUAGGGUCUGUGGAAUUCAGUGGCUUCCCUCCCAAGGAGAUGGAUCUGUCAGGCACAUCUGGGGAAGUGGACAUCAGUGGACAGUCUUCUGGAACAGCCGACACCAGUGGGUUUACCUCCCCAGCUCCAGAGCUCAGUGGCCUACCAAGUGGGGUAGCUGAAGUCAGUGGAGAAUUCUCUGGAGCUGAGGCUGGGAGCAGUCUGCCCUCGGGAGCAUACGAUGGCAGUGGACUUCCAUCUGGGGUCCCCACUGUCUCCCUUGUAGACAGAACCUUUGUGGAAUCUGUAACCCAGCACCCAACAGCCCAAGAAACUGGAGAGGGCCCUUCAGGUGUUUUGGAACUUAGUGGUACUCCUUCUGGAGCACCAGAAGUAUCUGGAGACCAUUCUGGAUUUUUGGACCAAAGUGGGCAGCAAUCUGGGCUGGUAGAACCCAGCGGGGAGCCAUUGAGUACUCCAUACUUUAGUGGGGACUUUUCCAGCACUGCUGACAUAAGUGGAGAAUCCUCUUCAGUUACCAGCAGCAGUGGAGAGACCUCAGGACUUCCAGAAGUUACGUUAAUCACUUCUGAGUUAGUGGAGGGUGUGACAGAAGCAACUAUUUCCCAGGAACUUGGACAAAGACCCCCUGUGACAUACACACCCCGGCUUUCCGAGGCCAGUGGGGAACCCUCUGGGUCUGGGGACAUUGGUGGAACAACAGCAACAUUCUCAGGCUCUGGCGAAGAGGUGCUGGCAGUUCCAGAAGGUAGCAGUGAGUCGGCUGCCUAUCCUAAGGCUGGAGUGAAGGCAUCUACUGCCCCUGAGACCAGUGGAGAGGCGUCUGGGUCCCCUGAUUCAAGUGAAACCACUUCUGCCCCCCAUGAAGCAGAUCUUGAUCAAGCCUCAGGCCUGGGCGUGAGCAGCAGCCCCUGGACCUUUCUGGGAGGCCCCCAGGAGGGGUUAGCUGCCCCAGAAGGGAAUGGAAAGUCAAUCACCACCUCCCAGCUGGGUGUAGAGGCCUCGGGCACCCCUUGGGCCACUCCCAUGGCUUCCGGAGACAGGACUGAAACCAGCGGAGAACUGUCUGGUCACAGCUCAGGUCUGGAUGUCCCCAUCAGCACCAGCGCCCCUGAGUCCCAGUGGACCCAGCACCCUGCAGAGGUGCAUCUAGAAGUCAAGUCCUCAAGCCCUUUGUACUCGGGAGAAGAGACCCACACGGCCGAAACAGCCACCUUCCCAACAGAUGCAGCUGUUCCUACUUCUUCAGAAGGAUCCGGAGAAGCAGAGACAUCCAUGACAGACCUUGACGAGUGCCUCUCAAGCCCUUGUCUGAAUGGAGCCACCUGCGUGGACACCAUGGACUCUUUCACAUGCUUAUGCCUUCCCAGCUACGGAGGGGACCUGUGUGAGAUCGACCAGGAGGUGUGUGAGGAGGGCUGGACCAAAUUCCAGGGCCACUGCUACCGCCACUUCCCUGACCGCGAGACCUGGGUGGAUGCCGAGAGGCGGUGUCGGGAGCACCAGUCACACCUCAGCAGCAUCAUCACCCCCGAGGAGCAGGACUUUGUCAACAGAAAUGCUCAGGACUACCAAUGGGUUGGCCUGAAUGACAGGACCAUCGAAGGGGACUUCCGCUGGUCAGAUGGACAUCCCUUGCAAUAUGAGAAGUGGCGUCCCAACCAGCCGGACAACUUCUUCGCCACGGGAGAGGACUGUGUGGUGAUGAUCUGGCACGAGAAGGGCGAGUGGAACGAUGUCCCCUGCAAUUAUCACCUCCCUUUCACGUGUAAAAAGGGCACAGUGGCCUGCGAAAACCCCCCGACGGUGGAGCACGCCAGGACCCUGGGGCAGAAGAAGGACCGGUACGAGAUUAACUCCCUGGUGCGGUACCAGUGUACAGAGGGCUUUGUCCAGCGCCACGUGCCCACCAUCCGGUGCCAGCCCAGCGGGCGCUGGGAGGAGCCUCGGAUCACCUGCACAGACCCCACCACCUACAAGCGCCGACUACAGAAGCGGAGCUCGCGGCAGAGCCGCCCAAGCUCAGGCCAUUGAGAGGAGCUUCGGGACCACCCAGGACGCUGAGCCC